CAGUCAGUGUCGUGCAUGCAUUGCGAGUGAAUAUAAAUGUGAGCUAAGAUGAGCAAACAAACUGCAGCUUUGGUGACAUGUGAACAAUUUAAACUUUUUCUCCGUGAGAAUUUCCAAGAUUUUGAUGAUCUUAUAAACUUUUCUGCAGUUCGAGCCUUAGAUGACGGCGAAAACUAUAUUACUACGAUUAUAAGAAUUUGUGCCGAUAUAAAGCUGAAAGAUACAAGCCUCCAACGGGUGCAACUCAUACUAAAAAUUCCGCUGAAGGUUAAUGAAACAAAGGAGAACGAAAACAACGAAGAGAAAGUGCCAUCGUCAGCUGAUGAUUAUCAUGAAUUAUUUGUCACCGAAUCGGAUAUGUACGACAACAUCGUGCCAGAGCUAGAGGAGUUAUGUGCAAAUUUCGAUAACAAAUUGCAUUUCAAACCAAAACAAUAUCGUUUUGCUCACGAACUAACUUGCAAUUAUAUUCUUCUGGAAGAUCUUCAGGAGAGAGGAUUCGAAAAUGCACCAAGGCGAGAGGGUCUCAACGAAGAGCAUACUAAAGCGGUGCUUGCAAAGUUGGCGCAGUGGCAUGCUGCUUCCGCUAAGAGAGUUGAAAUAAGAGGCGAUUACCCAGAAGAGUAUGUAAACAGCUACUUCUCACAGCAGAAUUUGCCCUUUAUUGAAAAUAUGAAUGCUGCAUUCAAUGAGCCGUUUGCUCAAUGUUUGGAGAGCUAUGAUUUGCUGCUUCCUGAAAAGGAGGUCAUUUUGAGUUACAUGAAAAACAUGAAUGAAUUAUAUUUAAAAUUUGGCAAUAUCGAUGCACAAGCCUUUAAUGUUCUUAACCACGGCGACUUUUGGAUAAAUAACAUAAUGUUUCGACACAGCGAAGAUGACGAAGAGACAGUUCAGGAGGUGCUUUUCGUUGAUUUUCAGCUACCCAAGUAUGGAAGUUUCGCAAUGGAUGUAUUUUGCUUUUUGAUGACUUCGCCACAAUGGAACAUUAAAUUGAAAAAUUUUGACAAUUUCAUAAAUUUCUAUCAUACCGAGCUGAUUCGAAACUUGAAAACCUUAAAUUACAUGAGACCAAUACCUACACUCGAGCAGAUAAAUGCUCAACUGGAAAAGUAUGGUUUGUGGGCUUUUGUUUGUGUUCAACGGAUGCUUGCAGUGGCUUUACUAGAUCCCCAUGAAAAUUCCAACAUUGAAACUUUCAUGAGCAAUAAUGAGGCGGGAAAAGCUUUUAAAAAACGUAUGUUUUAUAAUCCCAAAUAUGUUCAGCAAGUGAAAGAAAUCUUGCCGUGGCUAAUAGAGAAGAAUUACAUGCAUUAUAUGACACAGAUCAUACUAUAUAAAGAGUUUAGGAUGUCAUCCGUAACCGAUCAAAAUCAGAAUGAAGCGUCAGAAAUAAAACCAGGUACAGGUUUCGAAAUUCCAAAAUGGUUAACGGCAGAACUAUUUGAAAAUGUUCUUAUCGAGUCCAUUCCGAAAUUUCGAAAAAUCACACAUUUUGAGGCUAAGCCCGCAUUGGCUGCUGGAGAAAACUAUGCCACUGUCAUGCUACGUAUUCAUAUAGACAUUGAAUUAACAGAUGCCUUAACGGAUUCGAUUUCGCUCAUGAUGAAGCUGCCGCAGGAAAAUGAAAUUCUUAAAGAUAUGAUGCGCAAGCAUAACAUUUUCGAAAUCGAGUACAAGAUGUACCAUGAAGUUCUACCCGAGUUCAAGAAGAUGUACGUAAAUGCCGGAGUCAAUGCAAUGUUUUCCGCGAGUUGUUAUAACAUCGAUACACCUUCCGAAUUUGGAGUAAUAUUGCUGGAAGACCUUCGACCACUUGGUUAUAAGAACGCCAAUCGAUUGGAGGGACUCAACUUGGUGCAUACAAAGGCAGUGCUUGAGCGUUUAUCGCAGUGGCAUGCUGCUUCGGCCACACGUGUCGAGACUAAAGGUAUAUUCCCGGAGAUGUUCAUUAAAGGUAUAUUCAGCGAAUCCCAGCGACAAAAUAUGGAAAAUUUCAGUGCAACAAUUGAAUCACAAUUUUUAUCCUCUGUAAAAACAAUUAAGGGUAGCGAAGAUUACAUGGACGACUUGGUUAAUGUUUUCGAUUAUAUUACCGAUUUAUUGUUCGAUACAUCAAAGUAUGAUCCAAAUGAAUUUAAUGUUUUGAACCAUGGUGACUGCUGGAGCAACAACAUCAUGUUUAAAUACGAUGCAGAAGGCAAAAUUGUAGACACGGUCCUCAUCGACUACCAAAUGGUGAAUUAUGGCUCUCCUGCGAAGGACUUGCUGUACUUCUUGGUAUCGUCUACCGCAUAUGAUUUAAAAGUCAAUAAAUUCAACUAUCUUAUUAAAUUCUAUCACGAAAACUUAGUGAAAAACUUAACAAUUUUGAAGUACCCCAAAAAAUUGCCGACAUUGAAAGAAAUUCAUUAUGCAAUUAUAAAAUAUGGAAUAUGGGGAUUAUCGACGUCUUUCGGUGUUAUGGCAGUGGCUUUAUUGGAAUGUAAUGACGAUUCUAAUAUAGAUAGCUUCAUUAAUGAUUCGGAUGCUGGUGAUCGGUUUAGAAAUUUGAUGUUCUCCAACCCCCGGUACCGCAAACAUUUGGAAAUUUUGCUGCCCUGGAUGAGCAAUCGCGGAGUUUUCGAAGUAUAAGUGUUAAUUACCUCAAUCCUUGCGUAUCGAAUGGGAAACACCGAGUGGUUUUGUAAAUACAAAUAGAUUGUUUAGGCAUUAAUGCCAUUCAAAUAAUCCAUUGGAGUACUAAACGCUCUUCUGUGAUGCAGCGGUGGGCCAACUCUUGUCUCUAUAUCUGCUUAUUGUAUCUCCGCACAAAUAUCAACGGAAAUAUGAAUGUUAAAUCAAGCUCACAUAAUAAAAGUUUUCGUAUUUUCUAUAAAUGUAUAACAUUGUAAGUCAAAAUUACAAUUGUAAUAAAAAGUAACUUUGCAAAACUAA